AUGACAACCACAACUUCACCUCCAAAAAAUGUAAAAGUUUUGGAAGGAGCAAAAAUUACACUUACGACAGUUUCUUCUGAACAAACUAUCUAUGAUGAUAAAAAUCUCGUUAAAUCUCCAUUAGAAAUGAAUUUUCCUGCUCAAAAAGGGGAUGAAAAUGCAAAGGAUGAAAAGCAAAAAUCAAACCUUGAUCGAAGAGUAACUUUAGAUAAAAAACUUUCCACCGCGGUUACCGAUGUGAUGAACGUUGAUGAUGCUAAAGUAUCUACUAAAAUUGAAAACGGUGGUGAAUUAGUAAUUAUGAGUGAUUUAAAUAUGAGUGAUAUUACAAAAUCAGCUGUAUUCCUUGCUGAAUAUAAAAUUCUCAAAUACGGUGAAACUAACGCUGAAUUAGAACUUCAUUUAAAAGCAAUGUCAGCAGUAGUACAUAUAGCUUCAAGAUCAAUUUCAAUGUUAGAACAAGAAACACGUGAAAGACUUUAUAAAAGUGUUGCAAGAUUUUGGGAUGCAUCACAACGUACAUCAGCUAAAAUAAAUCCAAAUAUAACAUUUUAUCUUCGUGAAAUUAGAUGUUGUUUAAAAAAAAUUAAAGAUGAUCAAACAAAAAUGGAAUUUGGUCUUUUAUUUGUAAGAAAUCUUGCUGAUGCUGCUGUUCAUGCUGCUAUUAAAAAUUAUUUUGCCGCGGCUGCUUGCGCUGUUAAAUCAUUUUCGUUUGAGUAUCCAGCAGGAGAAUGGUACGAAAAAUGGAGAGUAAUUCUUGAAGAAUUCAUCCAAUUAAAACAAACUUAUGAAGGUUACCCUGAAUUUUGGAAGAAAUUAUAUAAUAUAGCACGUGAAGAAUUUAAAUAUAUUAGAGAAAAACGAGCUUCAAUUGCUGUAAAAAAUGCUAAAUAUAAAGUUCUUAAACGUGGAAGCGAAAUAUUCUUUUGUUCAUUACCCGAUAAUGUUGAUACCUUAUUAAUAGGUUAUCUAAUUUUAAUGGAACGUUUAAUUAAAGAAUUCCCACAAUAUUUUGAACCUGAUAAUAAUUAUUCAAUUGAAAUACUUGAAUUUUGUCAAGAAAUUGUUAAUUCGGAUAUUAAAAAACAAUUAUCGGCCAAAGCAAUCGAAAUUAUCUUGAUUAUUCAAGAUCAAAUUGAUGUUAUGCAAGGAUCAAAG